CACACUAAAGAGCAACGACAAUAUAGAAUAGUGUUUAUAUUUAUAUUUCACAAAGUUUUAAGUUUUCUGCAAAAUGUCGGAGCGCAAAGUUCUAAAUAAAUACUAUCCCCCGGACUUCGAUCCGUCGAAGAUUCCGCGCAUGAAACUGGCCAAAAACAGGCAAUACACCGUCCGACUAAUGGCUCCGUUUAAUAUGCGAUGCAAAACCUGCGGCGAGUAUAUUUACAAGGGGAAAAAGUUCAAUGCUCGCAAGGAGGACGUUGAGAACGAGACAUAUCUUGGCAUCAGGAUCUACCGGUUCUACAUCAAGUGCACCCGCUGUCUGCAGGAGAUCUCCUUCAAAACAGAUCCCCAGAACACAGACUACGAGAUUGAGGCGGGUGCCACGCGCAACUUCAUGGCCCUGAAGUUGGCCGAGGAGCAGGCGAGACGCGAAGAGCAGGAGGCUCGCGAAGAGGAGGCCAACAACCCAAUGAAGCUGCUAGAAAACCGAACACAGCAGUCGCGGAACGAGAUCGAGAUGAUCGAAAGUCUCGAGGAGUUGCGCGACCUGAACCGCCGGCAGCAGACCGUGGAUUACUCUACCAUGCUGCAGCAGUACAAUACGGUGGAAACGGAGAGGGAACGGUUGGAAAGGGAGGAGCGCGAGGACGAGGAAUUCAUAAAAUCCGUCAAGUUCAAGACAAAAUCCGAUGGAGCCUCACUAAUAGUGGCCGAGGAAAUUAUUGAAGAAAUCAAGGAGGAACCAGAGGAGACGUUACCAGCACCACCAUCAGCCAAGCAGGCCAAGACAAGCACUCUCAGCGUGGCCGCAUCGUCUUCCAGCAAAGCACUUGCCUCAAAGCCAUUGGUAAAGCGAAAGACACCCUUAGUAUUGGUCAAACCCAAGACAGUUGGGGUAACGCCUUCAAAUGGAACCAAACCUGCAGUUAGUAAGCCAGUCGAGUCAAAACCACCAGCCUCCUCAACGUCUGCGACAGCGGAGCCGAGAGCUCCUGCUCCCGCAGCUUCUGCGCCAGUUGGGCUCUCGCUUCUAGCUGCCUACAGUGACAGUUCCGAGGAUUCCAACUGACUCAGCAUUUACUUAAGGCAUUUUAUAAUUAAAUGUACUCUUGAAAUAGUCACAAUAAAUGCUAUUGUUAUUUAGUAA